AUGGCUUCAAUCUUAAAUAAAAUACUUGGACUCUUCAAAACUAAAGAUAGGGAAGACGUUCAAAUCCCAUACAAUUUUGAGAAACGUUAUCGAAUCUUAAAAGUUAUUGGUACAGGGUCUUUUGCAAUUGUAAAGGAAUGUGUAGACAAGACAACUGGUAAAAGUUAUGCCUUGAAGAUUAUCUCCAAAAAGUCCAUUAAAGGAAAGGAGCAAAUGCUGGCUACAGAACAAAAAAUUCUUGAAAAAAUUCACCAUCCAAAUCUUGUAACGUUGGUUGAUUUUUUCGAAACGAAGGAAGGCGUCUUCAUUGUAACCGACCUAGCAAGAGGUGGAGAGUUAUUUGAACAACUUCAAAAUAAAAGGUCAUACACAGAACAAGAUGCAGCCAAUUUAGUGCGACAAAUCCUGGAUGGUGUAUCGUAUUUACACGAUAAUGGUAUAGUUCAUAGAGACUUAAAACCAGAAAAUUUGCUCUUUAAAGACAAAUCGGAAGAUUCAGAGCUCCUGAUAACAGAUUUUGGCUUGUCGAAAAUCUUAAAGAGUAAUAACGACAUUUUGUUAACUGCCUGUGGUACACCUGGGUAUGUGGCUCCUGAAGUGCUUACACAAAAUGGUCAUGGAAAACCAGUAGAUAUUUGGAGUAUCGGAGUAAUUACAUAUACCCUGUUGUGUGGAUAUCCACCGUUUUAUGGUGAAGAUCAAAAUUCGUUAUUCGAAUCCAUUAUGAGUGGUGCAUAUGAAUAUGAUGAUUAUGAAUGGUUAGAUAUAUCAAGCACAGCAAAAGAUCUAAUUGACAAAAUGUUAACUCGAGACCCUUCAAAAAGAAUUACUGCAAAAGAAGCACUUCAACACCAAUGGUUCAAAACAGCAACCACUGUUGAUAUUCUUAAAACUGUACAAAAUAAUUUAACAGCAAAGGAACGAUUUAGGAGAGCCAUCCAUCUUGUUAAAGAUAUCAAUCGUUUUCGCAACCUUAAUAGCCCUACCGAUCAGUCUGAAACAGUUGACCAAGAACACACUAAUGUUAAUAAUGAAGGAAAUGGUAAUUAA